AUGUAUUGCUUAAUUCUAUGCAAAGAGACUUUCGGAUCGGGGAACUUGAGUACUGCUUUAUACAUAAGGGAGAUCUUCGAGCUAUAUUUAGAAGCUGAAUUCAUAAAAAUUGUUAACAUCAACUGUGAAAGUUCUUUGAAAGACAUAGACAACUUUAAUCGAUCAACUGCAAACCCCAAAUUAGUGAUUGCCCUUCAUUUACGUCAAUGCUCACAUCUUGUCAGUCUGCUAGACAAAAGUAUACCUGUUCUUGCAAUGUGCACUGGGUCUGACAUAAAUAUGGAUAGAACUCAUGCGGUAUAUUUAAAGCUGAUGACAUAUUUAGUUGACCGAAGUUUUGCAGUUGUUUUACUUAACCGACCAAUGUUGAAGCAGUUUAAAGAAACUUGGCCUCAUUAUCCUGGUCAGCUGCAAGUCAUACACCAAGCAAUACGGGUUGACGUUGAGGACGCAAAUCACUAUAAAAAAGACAUUCUGACGGCAAUCGAAUGUAAACUAGGAGUAAAUUUGCAACCGUUCUUCAUUGUUGCUGGUCUCUUGAGAGAUGUGAAAGAUCCAAUGUUCGCGCUUCAAGCAUUCCUAGAAUGGAGAAAUCAAGAUAAAAAAGAGAAUAAGGAUUCGAAAGUGACUUCAACUAUUAAUUAUAAAUCUUAUAAUCUUUUAUAUGUUGGAUCGGUUGAAGAAGAUACAGAAAAUAUACAACAAUUUAUUGAUGAAAUAGAUGGAAAAGUUGUACAUCGAUGUGAUUCAUUAACACAAAAAGAAUUGCAUUCAUUAAUGCUUAGCUCUCAAGCACUGAUCAAUUGUUCAAUCAGUGAAGGCCAGUCUUUGGCUGUAAUGGAGGCUAUGUCUCUUGGAGUUCCGGUUGUGGUGAGAGAAAAUCCAGGUAACUGUGAUCUUAUCAAACAUAGAAAAAAUGGGUUGGUAUUCAGAACAUCCAAGGAGCUGGGAGAAUGUCUAACUUAUCUAGAAGAAAAUCCUGAAAUAAAGAAACAACUAAUUUUCGCAGGGGAAGAGUUUAUGGGAGGCAAAGAAUUCCAAAGAGGAUAUCAAGCGAAAUUAUAUUCACACGUAAUCCAACAUAUUUAUUCUAGUGUAUAA